GCUGUUUACAUCUUUUAUUGAGAAAACAGUCUGAAAAUUCAAAUCUUCAAAUCUAGGGUUUGGUGGUUUUACGUUUAGCCCUUUUUUUAGUAGUAGUAAUACAGUAGUAUUUAAUAGUAAUAAUCCAUUGAUUUGGACCUCAUCUUUCAAUUCAUUGCUGUUUUGGUCGGCUGAAUUUGGCUGGUUUUUCUGUCUUAACUUCAAGUUUGAGCCACAUGAUUCAACAGUGAUUUCCAAGUCUAUUUACUCAAUGAAAUAAUUUUAUUCCGAAGAAUCGUUGGUGGAUAUGAACAGCUACAGCCCUGAACUCCACAUCGCACACCAAAGCCGCCGAGACAAGCUCAGAAUUCACCAAGAUUUUUAUGUCGACAAUUUCCAAUCAAACUCCCGAAACGGGAGCAUUUGCUACGAUCCUUCCGAGCUCUCCUCCGAUCAGAUGAUCAACUUCUGCGCCAUGGAACCCGAGAAGCGGCCCUUCCCGGCUUCGUUCACCCCUUCUUCCGAUGCCGGUGAUGCGCAUUACUUCGCCUCAAUUUACAAUUCAAACCCUAUUUCAGCAUUGGAUGGCGGCGCUUCCUCGCUUUACCAGAAUGCGCUGCAAGGCCUCGAAUUCGCCUCGAGCGAGCUUCCACUUCUCCCCGAACAAAUGCGGAUGAAGAAUCAAUCCGGCUCGAUGAGCGACGGCUGCGGUCAAUGGAGCGGCGAGGUCAAUUUGAGAGAGCACUCAAUCACUCAAGCGCUCUCGUUGUCGCUCUCCUCCGUUUCGCCACUCAAAGUUCGUGAUAUUCGGAAUAAUGUUCAGGAUUCGAGAAAUUGGAGGCCGGAGUUGGUAUCUCCGAGUCAAAAUUUGUGGACCGGUAGUAGAGUUUUGGGGACUCAUCGGAACUCCGGUCCGUUGGGGCCAUUCACGGGAUACGCAACAAUUCUCCGAAACUCGAGGUUCCUAAGACCGGCUCAGCAGAUGUUGGAGGAGUUCUGCUGCAUUUCCGGGCCUAAAGACGUCGAAAAUUUUGAUGUUUCCGAUGACAUUUUUGACGAGGCUAGGGUUUCGGGUGAAGGUGCUACUAAUAAUGAUUCUCGUGAGGCCAAGGGAACGAGCAGCUCGUCGGAGUCUCAUCGGCCGGAGAAUCUUCAGAGGAAGGCGAAGCUCUUGAUUAUGCAGGAUGAGGUUUGCAAAAGGUACAAACAAUACCAACAGCAGAUUCAGAUGGUGGUUUCAUCGUUUGAAUCCGUAGCCGGCCUCAGUUCCGCAACUCCUUACGCUUCGCUAGCCCUAAAGAAGAUCGCCAAGCAUUUCCGGUUGUUGAAGAACGCGAUAACGGAUCAGCUCAAUAGCAUUAAAAACGCCCUGAGGGAUGAAUUCUCAUCCCCGUCUGCGCCUGCCAAUGCUUCGGUCUUGAAGUUUUUCAAUGAUAGAAAGGGUCUUGAAGGCCAGCAUUUCUGGAGGCCUCAGCGAGGCCUCCCGGAACGUGCUGUCUCUGUUUUGCGCGCCUGGUUGUUCGAUCAUUUUCUUCAUCCUUAUCCUACAGACACAGACAAGCAUACGCUGGCCAUGCAGACCGGCCUAACACGAAACCAGGUAUCGAACUGGUUUAUAAAUGCGCGUGUUCGUUUAUGGAAGCCGAUGGUCGAAGAGAUACACAUGCUCGAAACCAAAGCUUCUGAUAAUGCUGGGAAAAGUGGUAAUGGCAAAACUGUGUUUGAAGGUAGCGAUGAAGCCCGGGAAAGUAGCCAAUGUUCGAACCAGCUGAGAAUGUGUGCCAUUCCGGACAAGCAGGUCGAAUGCUCGGGGGAUAGGUCGAAGGCGAGCAUGUGGAGUCAAGAAAAGCGUUCAAGAAUAGAGUACCAUGUCCCGGUCACCGGUGAUGGGUCAUUGAUGGGGUUCGUGCCGUCCCACCGGAAUGGCGUCGGGUCGGUGUCGCUGACUUUGGGUCUCCGGCAAAGCCCCGAGAGGCAUUACGGAGGUCAGAUUAUUGGAGACUUUGUUGGCUGAUUAUUUUGAUGUAGACUUUGGAGAAAAUUAAGGUAGAAAUAAAUUACUAUUUCAAACGACAAAUUAAGAUUGGGAAAGAAGGUUUGGUUUAGGAAAAUGGGAAGUUGCAAAAGCAAAUACUCCAUCUCAUAAUUCUACAGAAAUGUAAGAUUAAGUAACAUUUCAAUACGUUGUGAGAUUUGUGAUAUCUAUUUUUGUAUUACCAUCGUUUUCUAUUUUACGAAAA